GAUGGAACCGGUUACAACUCGUCUUGCUGAGUUUCUUCCUGUUCGGCCAUCGCUGCAGGCUGCUUCGAAGUCUUCUGGUCGGCCGCCGGUUGUUAUUCGAUUGGCAGAUCUAAUUGAGUGCAGAGUAGCUGCUCCAGGCAUGGACAAAGCUGCUCCUGAAUUCUUUCCUAAUGUUGGUUCUGCAUAUUUGGUUGGUAAAGCUACGAAUUCUGGCACGGAUUGCAUACAUGAACUGAAUUUGUUAGUUGACGCUCAAAAUGCCACUAUUGCAACGCUGGUGCACCAAUUUGAGAUUCUAAGCGCGGGGACAGCCCCAGUCGUGGACCUCGCCGCUCAAAUCCAGAGCAAUACGCAGGAUGUUCGGACCUUGCGCUUGUCGCUCGGUGCGGCGGCGGAGGCUUCCCUGGACAAGCGCCUGCCUUCCAAGGUGAUAGCUCAGGUGGACAACAGGCUCAAGGACACGCUCGAGCAGGUCACGCUUGACGUCCAGGCUUCUCUGGACAAGUCUUUUUCGGCCCUAUCGGCUGCUGUGAAGGCCUCCCUGGGUGAGGAAGGGAAGCAACUUCGCACCGAGCUGGAGGAGAGGCUUGCGGCAGUGAAGCUAGACAUGACCAGGGAUAUGGCCGCGCUGGGGGAGUCGACCUUGCCGAGUGGAUCCGCCCUCCUUGUCGACUCGCUGGCCGUGAAGCCGUCAGAGGAGCCUUCGAUCGUCGAGUAUAAGAAGAUGGUUGAGGCAGAGGGCAGGAACACGACCGAGGAGACCAAGAGCUGCCACGAUGGGCGGGAAGAUUCGCAGGGUUCCCAGCUCGUGGUUGGCGGUUCGGUCGUCACGUACCACCUCACUGCCGAGGCCCUGAAUAAUAAGAAUGGCUCGAUCGUCAGCUUCGCGGGCGACCGCGUGUGCGUGCGGCUCGGUGCGGACCCUGUGUGCAAGCGCAUCAAGCCUGCCAACCUGCUGGUGAUCGCGGACGCACCUGCCCAGAAGGUGCGCCACCAGAAGGAGGUCGUCUGGGCGACGUCGGAGCAGAUCGACGCCAUGCUCCAGCGGGAUGGUCUUACGCCGACUGGGCUUCCGACCACAGCGGGUCCGGCCCGCCUAUCUACUACUUCUUCUGAGGGCCCUGUGCGGUCUCUCUCGAAAGCUAAGAUGAACUGACCCAUCGUGUACGAGCGA